CAUUCCACCAUCUCCCUCUUCCAUUUUACCUAUCUUUUCCCUCUCUUUACGUCACAGCUUGAUUGUGAAACUCAAACCUCUCCACCUUAUUCAAAUAACUUAACGAAAAAACAAACUCCCUUCUCUCUCUACUCUCUCUCUCUCUUUAUGUAAACUUUCCACUCGUAAACACCAAGACAAUUACAAAAUCUUUGAGCUACACCUCCUUCUACCUCUGUUUCCUAAACAAUGAAACCCUCCACGCUUCAUCUUUUUGUCUUGUUCUUUCUUCUAAGCUAUGUUCAAGGUCGUUUUGUAGUGGAGAAAAACAGCAUAACUGUUCUGUCACCACAUAAAUUACGAGGUAAAAAAGAUGGUGCCAUAGGAAACUUUGGAAUUCCAAAUUAUGGAGGCUAUAUUCUUGGAUCACUUGUUUAUCCUGAUAAAGGCUCUCAUGGUUGUCAAGUCUUUGAUGGUGAUAAGCCCUUCAAGUUUCGGUCUAAUCGUCCAACUAUUGUUCUUCUUGAUCGCGGAGAGUGUUAUUUUGCCUUAAAGGUAUGGCAUGCACAGCUGGCUGGAGCUGCAGCAGUGUUAGUUACUGACAGUAUUGAUGAGACACUGAUAACUAUGGAUUCGCCUGAGGAGAGUACCGAUGCCGACGGAUACAUAGAAAAGAUUGUAAUUCCGUCGGUUCUAGUUGAAAAAUCCUUUGGCGAUUCAUUGAAGGAUUCUCUAAGUAACAAAGACGAAGUUUUGCUGAGAAUAGACUGGAGGGAAUCUGUACCUCACCCUGACGAUCGGGUCGAGUAUGAGUUCUGGACCAACAGCAAUGACGAAUGUGGUCCUCGUUGUGAUGAACAGAUGGAUUUUGUGAAGAAUUUUAAGGGUCAUGCUCAGAUUCUUGAGAGAGGUGGGUAUACAUUGUUCACUCCGCAUUAUAUAACAUGGUUUUGUCCAAAGCCGUUUGUUGAAAGCAGCCAGUGCAAGUCUCAAUGUAUAAACCACGGACGAUAUUGUGCGCCGGAUCCUGAGAAGGAUUUUGGUGAGGGAUAUGAAGGGAAGGAUGUAGUGUAUGAGAAUUUGAGGCAGCUUUGUGUUCAUAGAGUAGCGAACGAGAGUAACCGUUCGUGGGUGUGGUGGGAUUAUGUGACAGAUUUUCAUGUUAGGUGUUCUAUGAAGGAGAAAAAAUACAGCAAAGAUUGUGCUGAAGUUGUCAUGAAAUCAUUAGAUCUUCCUAUUGAGAAAAUUAAGAAAUGUGUUGGUGACCCUGAAGCUGAUGUAGAGAAUGAAGUCCUAAAGAUUGAACAAACAGCACAGAUUGGUGGAGGAUCUCGUGGCGAUGUAACCAUCUUGCCAACAUUGAUUUUAAACAAUGUCCAAUAUAGAGGAAAAUUGGAGAGAACAUCAGUUUUGAAGGCAAUAUGUGCAGGAUUUAAGGAAACUACAGAACCUCAAGUUUGUUUAAGCGGAGAUAUUGAAACUAACGAGUGUCUGCAAAGAAGAAAUGGAGGAUGCUGGCAAGACAGAAGUGCCAAUGUAACUGCUUGCAAGGAUACUUUCAGGGGAAGAGUUUGCGAGUGUCCUGUUGUGGAAGGUGUUCAGUAUAAGGGUGAUGGUUAUACCACAUGUGAAGCUUUUGGACCUGCAAGAUGUUCUUUAAACAAUGGAGGUUGUUGGUCAGAGACUAGAAAUAAAAUUACUUUCUCUGCUUGUUCAGAAUCCAAGGUAAAUGGCUGUCACUGCCCGGUUGGAUUUGUUGGAGAUGGUAUUAAGUGUAAAGAUGUUGAUGAAUGUAAGGAAAAAAGUGCUUGUCAGUGUGAUGGCUGCAGCUGCAAGGACACUUGGGGAGGUUAUGAUUGUAAAUGCAAAGGAGAUCUUCUUUAUAUCAAGGAACAAGAUAUUUGUAUUGAAAGAAAUGGAUCUAAAUUUGGAAAGAUACUCGCGUUUGUGGUCAUAGCAGUUGUUGCGAUAGCUGGUCUAGCUGGUUACGUAUUCUACAAAUAUAGACUCAGGUCUUACAUGGACUCGGAGAUCAUGGCUAUCAUGUCACAAUACAUGCCACUCGACCAGCAAAGCAAUGUAGUUCAUGCGGAAUCAGAGCCUUUACGACAAGGCAAUGUAUAAGAAACACAAGACAUAAAAAGUACAAGACAAGAUUGAAUGUAUAUUUGCUGAGUUCAUUUCACGGCGCAAAGGAAAAAAUUCAGUACUUUUACUAUAGGAUAAUCAUGUGAACGAUUGUACACAUAUAGACAGUUCUUUUACAGAAUAAUAUCAAGUUUUUCACAGAUUGUAAAUAGAUAUAUUGAGUUAGAUGUAAAUGUACACUAUGUUCAAAUCUAUGCUAAUGAUGAUAUUUCACAA